AUGGGGACGCUCGCCUCCCGCGGCCCGGAGGUGACGCUGAAUGUCCAUGUGAGCGAUGCCAGCACCCACCAGCCAAUCCUCGAUGCCUUCGUGGAAAUCUUCACCAAUCAAGUUUCCGUCGCCUCUGGAAGCACGGGAGCAGAUGGCAUCGCUUUCAUUAAGUUUCAGUAUAAAUUGGGCAGCCAGCUGGUCGUCACAGCUUCCAAGCACGCCUAUGUCCCCAACUCGGCACCGUGGAAACCCACCCGAUUACCCGUUUUUUCUUCUCUAAGUCUCGGUUUGCUUCCGGAACGAUCAGCUACUCUAAUGGUGUAUGAAGACGUGGUUCAAGUGGUCGCGGCCUUUCAAGGAACCCGCCCCGAGCCUCACGCCCACUUUCCGAGAAGAGCUCUGAAAUUGCCAGAGGACGCUGGCUACGGCAACCUGACCGCGUUUCUCACGGCAGCCAGCUCCCCCUUGGAAGCCCGAAGCUUUCCUUAUCUACAGGGACUAGAUGGAAACGGAACAGGAAACGGCACCAGGUAUGACCUGACCCCUGUCACUGCGAUCAGCGUGCAGUUGCUCAACAACGAUGGAGCUCCAGUUCCAGUCGAAGGCCCGAUAUUUUUCACCGUCCCUCUGCCCACCUACAGCAACCUGAAGCAUAAUGCCUACGUCACAGCCUGGCGCUUUGACCCAAAACUUGGAACGUGGCUGAAAAGUGGCUUGGGCCUCGUGCAGCAGGAAGGGACCCAGCUGACCUGGACUUACAUCGCCCCUCAGCUGGGUUACUGGGUGGCGGCCAUGUCUCCAGCCAGCCAAGGUCCGGUCGUUACACAGGAUUUUGCCAUCUAUCACACGGUGUUUCUUUUGGCCAUUUUAGGAGGGUUGGCUUUCAUCCUUCUGGUUUUGCUGGGGCUCCUUUUGUAUUAUUGCAGGAGGAAAUGCCUAAAGCCCCGUCGGCACCCCAGAAAACCGCAGCUCUCGGCGUCGCUGGACGCGUCCAAGAAAGACCAGUCGACGUCCAUGUCCCACGUCAACCUGCUGUUCUGCCACCGCGAGUCGGAUUUCCCCGGAGCCCUUGCCGUCGCGACGGGCGGAUGCCCCGACCUCUCCGGCCGGGAGGAGGGGGCGGGCCCGGAGACGAUCUCGGCCGCGGGGGACCCGGGGCCGCCGGGCCCGAGGCUGAAGCUGUCGUACAGCACCUCGCAGGAGUUCAGCUCCCGCGAGGAGCUCCUCUCCCGCGGGGACGAAGACCGGAGCGGGGUCUCGUUCGAUAACCUGACGCCGGGCGGGGCCUUCGGGAAGGACUACCGCGGAUCGGUGGAGAUCUUCCCCCCGCGGUCGAGGAGGGCCCCGGAGGCGGGAGGCCGCGAGGACGGUUACCGGAAGGGCUACGGCGUCCCGGUGCCUCCGCCGGGCCGAGGCGCCCAGGCUCCCGUCCGCCCCCUCCCCGCGGGCGGGCGGCGCCGGAUCGCGACCCGGCCGGGGCCCGGGCCCCCGUCGCCGGAGCGGGAGCGGCCGGCCGACCGCCGGCCCGCCGAGUGCGCGAUGUCCCGCUCGGUCGACCACCUGGAGAGACCGGCCCCGGCCUUUCCCCGGCCCGGCCAGCUGCUCUGCUGCAACUCCGUGGACCAGGUGAGCGACCGCCUGUACCGCGGCGCGGGGCCCGCCCUGGCCGUCCCGGCCCGCUACCUGAAACUGCCCGGGGAGCCCCCCUACGGCGGCGGCCGGCCCUGGGGGGCGCCGGCCGAGGAGCCGGGGGAGAUGGAGCGGCUCCGGGCGGAGCUGGCCGGCUCCCUCGCGCAGCCGUUCCCGCCGCCCUUCUCCGCCCAGGCGGUGUCCCAGCAGCACCUGCAGGAGGCGGGGGCCGGGGACUGGAGCGCGCCCGACGCCCCCAUGGCCGAGUCCCUGUCCAUCCCCGCCGCCCUCAACGACGCGGCCCUGGUCCACGUGGCGGCGGGGGACGGCCAGCUCCUGGUGGAAAAGGCCCUGAUGGAGCUGGGCGGGGGCGAGCCCCCGCCCCACCCGCGGGCCUGGUUCGUCUCCCUGGACGGCCGGUCCAACGCCCACGUCCGCCACUCCUACAUCGAUCUCCAGAGGGCCGGCCGCGGCGGCCGCAACGACGCCAGCCUGGAUUCCGGCGUGGACAUGAACGAGCCCGGGUCCGCCCGCAAGGGGAGGGGAGAGCCCCCGCCGCUCCCGCCGCCCAACGCCCAGGGCGGGAGGGAGCCCCCGCCCGGCGAGCCGCCCGGCCCCGACGGGCCGGCCUCCCCCCGGCUGCUGGACCUGGACGAGCCGGACCGGGAGGGCGGCGAGGGCCCGGCGUCCCCCUGCGCCCCGGAGGACGGUGCCCCGCGCUGCUUCCCGGAGGCGGCCGGCCGGAGGGCCGGGGCCCAGCUGCCCAGCCUGAGGGAGGAGACGGCGAAGCGGGCCGCGGACCGGGGCCCGGAACCGCCGGCCGAAAGCCCGCCGUCGCCGGCCGGCCCCGACCCCGCGCCGGCCGCCCUCGGGGCGGAGGGGGACGACGACGACGACGACGACCAAGGGGAAGACAAGAAGAGCCCGUGGCAGAGGCGGGAGGAACGGCCGCUGAUGGCCUUCAACCUGAAGUGACCGGCGGCCUUGGCGAGGAGUAGAAGAAUUGCCAAAUACGCCCCCGGCGGAAGCCCCUCGCUUCUCCGCGACAGGAACGGGGCGGGCGGGGGCCGACGGGGCGCGAGGGAGGGGUGCGGACGACGGACCCCGGACGCGUCCGCGUCGACGGCCGGGAAGGGAGCCGACGACUCCUCAGAGGAGAUGGAUGGGGACGCUCGCCUCCCGCGGCCCGGGUACCGGACUCCUCGUCGCGGGCGGGCGUUGAAGAGGACGCGGAGCGAAGUCGGUUCGAGGACCCUCGUCCUUUCCUCCCGAACGCUGGCGGUCGCCCGAGUCGGGGCGGGGGCGGAUCUUG